AGUGUAUGCGCGCUGUUUGACAUUUCAGCUAUCGGGAGUUGCGGGUGAACCGGUGAAGAAUCUCUGGUUUUUCAUUUGCGGUUCAGUCUGACAUUUCACUGCAGUUGUAGUUCUAUGUCGUUUGUUUGGGUCGAUUUCGGUCCGCGAAAAAGGUGAUCGAAUUUGAAUUGACUGACGGGAAUUUUAUGCAAAUUAUUGAUGGGAAUGUUUAACACCAGUGUUUUUCACAUACAGACUACCCUGGAAUAUUCUAUUGGUCUUCAGGAUGUUAAAAUUGACCUGAAACAUUUCUCCUACUGAAAGUAUUGCAGAAGAAGUGCAAUUUGAGUUUGUAUUGUACUCCGUUGGAAAAAAUAACAGUAGAAUAGUGUGAUUUAUCUAAGUUGCGCCCUCCUUUCUCUCAUGUGUUCUGUGCAAAUCGACUGCCCAACCUUCCAGCGCAUGGUGACCACUUGUCGUUAUUAACCAUGCCUCCGCCACCGCGCUGACCUAACCAAACAUAACCUAACCGAGCCAGCGCGUACUACAACCAAACGAAGAUGUACACGAGCAAAAAAAGCUUCUUCCUCAAGGUGUUGCUGAUCGCGUGUUGCGUCUACUUCGGUGUUAUGAUCUUCGAAGGACAAAGGACCGCCGACAGUCAACAGGUCGUCCCAGAAGAAGUCCCUAUCCAGCUACCAGUGGUGGCGGCGGCGGCGGACAGAAACGUCGAGGUCGUCCCCGACCAACCCAAGGCGGAAGCGAGGGCCAUAGAACCACCAGAAAACGUCGACCAGCCGUCGCCACAACAGCCACUGCCGCAGCAAGAAGAGGUCCCCUCUCCCGAUACGUUUCCGCUAAAGGAGCAGCAAAGGGCGGUCGUGGACGAGACGGAGACCGAAGAUCAGCUCAGCGAGGAAGAACGAAAGCACCGAACGGUCCUAGAAAAGGUGCGGACCAUAACGAACUGCCUGGACAGGCCGGUGGUGGCCAAGACGCAACAGCGCGGCGACUACUGGGUGUUAUACAACUACGUGCCGGCCGAGCGGUCGUUCAAGUGCCACGAGACCAUAACCUACACCACCCACGCCGACUACUCCUUCAUGGACAACCUGGUGCCGUUGUUGGAGCACUGGAAGGGCCCCAUUAGCGUCGCCCUCCACGCCCCCGGCUCGGACUUCAAGUACACGUUGGAGUCGAUCGCCUACCUCAGGGAUUGCACCGAUCCUCUAGUCAGAGAGUUAGUUACCUUUCACGUCUACUUCAGUACGAAGCAUGUGCCAAAAGAGGUGCCGAAGCACAGCAGCGUGUUCAACGGUUAUUACAACUGUUCCCUUCCACCCGCCUACGCCAACGUGACCAACGAGCAGAUGUACAAGAACCAGAAGAACCUGCUGUAUCCGGUGAACGUGGGCAGGAACAUUGCGAGGGAGACUGCGCAGACUCAUUUCAUCCUGCCCUCCGACAUCGAGCUCUAUCCCAGCGCCAACGUCAUACCGCAGUUUUUGUCCAUGAUAGCGGAAAAUAAAGGUCCGCUGCUCUCCAAGAACCCUAAGGUGUACCCGCUGCACAUCUUCGAGGUGAGCGCCAGUUCCCAGGUGCCGGAGAACAAGACGACGCUAUUGGAGAUGCUGCGCAACGGCACAGCCAUACCCUUCCACAAGAAGGUGUGUCCGGAGUGCCACGCCGUGCCCAAGUCCAAGGAGUGGCAGCAGCAGAAGGAGACCAAGGACGGGCAGCUGCACGUCUUCCACGUGGGCAAGAGAACCGGCAGGUUCGUCCACUGGGAGCCGAUCUUCAUCGGAACCCACGCAGACCCCCUCUACGACGAGAGGCUGAGCUGGGAGGGCAAGAGCGACAAGAUGACGCAGGGAUACAUCCUGUGCGUGAUGGACUACAACUUCCUGAUCCUCGACAACGCCUUCCUGGUCCACAAGCCCGGCAUAAAGGUGUACAAGAAGGACGCCAAGAGGGACAUGCUGGCGGGAAAAACGAGGAGACUGAUCAAGAAGAUAAUCUUCCCCGAACUGAAGGUCCUAUACAAGACGAGAAAGGGCUGUGCGGUUUGAGACUCUCACAUCACAAGUUCUCGGUGUGUGUGUUCACACACUGAUUUCAGAUUUGUUGACGUGUUACGAACGAGGCUGAGAUAGUCCUUAAAAAGGAAACGAGACUGAAAAAAUCUUCAUCCUCGAACUUUGUACACUUUACCAGAGUAAAUCGAAAGGGUUUCUCCUAGUUUCGAAGACCUACCUGUUGGACUCUUCCUUUGCAAGUCGGAAAUAUGCCAAAAUUAACUUGAUGGCUUAUGCAAAAAAGAGUGUAAAGUAACGUGGUCUAUUAGUCGGUAAAGUUCGAUUUUUUUGGAAAUAUUUUCAAAAUUGCACUUUCUCUUAGAUUGAAAUUGAAUCCUCUAGAUGAGGUGCUAAUUUCAGUCUAUGGCCUAAAGUUCACAAGAUACAAUUUUUCUCUUGCUAAUAAUGAAAAUGAAUUCUUUUGCUGUAUAUUUAUUCUCAUUAAAUCGAAAGACCAUAAAAAUAGGAAAAUUAGUGCAUAUUAGUGUAGUUAUAAAUAUUUCCAAACGAUAAGAAUUUUUGAUGAACCUUCAAGUAUUAAAUCAAUAUACCAGGUGCACCUUGAAAAGGCUAAUAGACCGUAUUACAGGAAGAACCCUAUUUAUCGUUUUUAGUUUACUGUAGUUUUACGUAUCGAAUCGUUGUUGUCCCUCAGAACAACCAAGGAUCAAACUAUGAGUCUUGUAAUUUUUAUGUUCCUGUUUUUUGAAGUUGUCAUUUAUUUCGGGCUGUGGCCUUCUUGAAAAAGUGCCAUUUAUACUGCAAAUCGUUUGGAAAAGUUGAUUCAUUUUUCUGUCGAUUUGAUUUCUUUCCCUUCGUUUCAGAAGAAAAAACUUCACCUAUUAUCUUUGUGUUCUAUCCCUUCAAUUUUCACUAUUUUGAUAAUGUUUUAUCACUUUAUCGUAUUUGUGCAGUUUUGUGUUCUUAUAUGAUUAAAAUCGAUUCAAAGACGAUUAUUCCCUUCGAACAACUAUUUAUUGUUAGUAUCUAAUCAUCUAAUUCUCCAAAAAUUCCCCAGUAGCUUGAUUCGGAAUUGGAUGUGCAAAACUCGAAUUUUUUUCUCCCAAAUUGUAGUUUGCACUGUUAUAUUCCGUAACUUGGACGCCUAUUGUAAUAUAUGAACAAAAAUUACGUUUGGACCUAAUAAACUAGAACAACAGGGUUAAGAAAACAGUUCUAUUCAAAUUCCACUUGUAAUAGCUAAAUAGAUAGGAAAGAAAAAUUCUUAACUCACUACCUCUCGUCAACUUUUGUGAAAGCAUCUGCACAAAGCGAUGAUGGACCAUUUACUUGAACAAAUCUUGUGAAGGAAAUUUCUCUUGUUCAAUUCUUAUGAUUAGAAGUAGAAUAUGAAACCGUUCUGUAGUUCUUAUUUGUUCCAAAAUGUUUCUAAUACUCAUCUUCUGUACUUAAAGUAUUCAAUGAAAACCCUAUUAAGUAUUUGUAUAUUUUUAUAUCGUCAUAUUUAUUAAGCGCUUUAUUAUUGUAUCUUAUUUCUGAAUCUGAAAUAUUUACAUUAGCGUGUGCCUUAUCUGAAUCAAUGUGAUCAACUACGAAAUAAUAUUUUGUACUACCUAUUCAUUGUAGUGACUGCAUCUGAAGAAUAAACGUUGAAAAUGU